CGCCGAUUCGGUAGUAGUAAGUUAAACGUGUUCGAGUUGGGAAGCACGUUGGGCUGUGUGUUAUCUCGGUUAUAUUUGUCACUUCGAUUACGAAAAAUAAAACCGUCUUAAAAUUUUAAUCGGCAGUUAUCUCGAAAGGUGGCGUGAUUCUUACCAGAUUUCAAAUUUAUGCAACAAAGGUGGUACCAAACGCCCAAACGGUCGGUAACCUGCAUACAACGGCGCAACCAACCAGCAGACAUAAUAUCCACACGAUUGAACGGACGGGCAGCCGGCCGGCUAUCGUCACUCGGAAUCGCCAGUUCCUCCAGUCGAUUCGCUGUAGCACGCGACCGGGAGUGCACGCGCCAAACGAACCGCGCGCGCGUCACCUGAAGCACUACUAUUUCAAGACCCAGAAGUUGUGAAAAAUGAAAACCUCAAGUGUUAUGUGCUGUUCGCUUGUAGUGCGGUGAAUCGUCAGUCAGUAUUACAAUUUUCAGAAACAGCUAUCCUUCGGGCGAAAGUCCAUUAAUAUGAUUCACACAUCAGCCGGGGUAGUAUAGAAAGCGACAACGACGACCACACGAAUAUGAGCAUGGUGGCUAUGAACGACGUCGCCGUCGUCGCUAGUGCCACCUCCUCCGCCAGCGCCACCCUCAUCGGCGUCCUUCUUCUUCUAUAGCGUCGUCGGUACCAUCCGAAAUGAGCAUGGCACGAUAGGACGGCAGACGGUGUAGACCUAUCAGCGUGUGUACCCGAUCAGAAGGCUUCAGUGCGGAGUAAGAAGCGCACCGGGCCGGAGCCAAUCGAAACUUUACAGGGCGAGCAAAUUUCGGCUGUCAGUGUUCGAAGAGGAAACGAAUGAAAAAAAGUGAAGUGAACAAGAUUAGCCCGGUAAUCGGGAGCAGCUGGCAGAUUGAUAGGACCAGGUCAAAGAGUGCAUAGAGGCAAAGACUGAAGAAGAGUAGAAACAACAGUGUGUUGGUGAAAGGAUAACCGUGAAGCAAACAAAAACAAUGAAACCGAGAUUAGCCUACGGCUUAGCGCUGAUGUUGGUGUUGUUGAGCAUUAACUGGAAGAUCCCCCGGACAUUGGCCGCUGGCAGUAGCAGUGACACCGACGACUAUCACUACGACGACGAGGACGAUGACUACGACUAUGACUAUAGCGACAAGGACUCCAGUGCGAAAGGAGUCGGAACCGCCGGUGCUGACAGUGACAAAUUGCUGCCAAGCACGACCACCACCAGUACCACAACCAGCAGUACUACCAUGCCACCACCGGUUGCCAAUAAAACGACAGCUGCUCCGUUAUGGAGUGACGAAGAUGACGUCCGUGAAGUUUAUCCGUGUCCGCAGCAAUGUUCCUGCGAGGAUGGAACACAGUUUUUGAAUUGUUCCCAUCAGUCAUUGACCGAGGUGCCCGAGGAUUUGCCGCGAGAUGUUAUUCGGUUGGAUCUCAGCUGGAACAACAUCAAACACAUCCCAGUGGAGGCGUUUCAGAACUGUACAGAUUUACGGGAGCUCUUGCUGGAUCGAAAUGUCAUCGAGGAAGUGGAUAAGGAGGUCUUUGUUGGAUUAAUUCGGUUGGAUAUGGUGGGUUUGGAGGGUAAUCAAAUCUCGCAUCUAACACCGGAUACCUUCACGGAGGCACAAUCCUUGCGGAGGCUGGUGCUUAACGAGAAUCCGCUAGUCAUCCCAGACGAUGGACCGCUGCUAUUGCAGGAAGAACUGGAGGAACUGGAAUUGGCCAAGUGCAACUUCACCGAGUUGAACCAUCAAACAUUCGGUGGCUUGGAAAACCUCAAAUCGUUAAAUUUGGCGGGCAAUGUAUUUGAUGAGGAUCUCAGCACGGAUGUUUUUGAACCGUUGGUUAACCUGCAGCGGCUACAUCUGCCGCCCCUGUCUGAAGACACCGUCCGGGAUCUGUGCGAUGUAAUCAAAUCGAUCGACGUAGUCGAUAUCACGACGCACAACAUCAGCUGUUUUUAUCUCGCAUCGGAAACAUCCUACGAGGAGAGUAUCAUCACGCUGCGUCCAACCACUCCGGAACCCAGGCAAGAACCAACGAAAGAUCCGGACGUAAUGGACGCCACAACGGCGAAGCCGCUCAAAAGGAAAGUCAUAAAGGAAAACGAAAUCGAGGUGGACGGCGAGGAGGCAACAAAAAGUACGGUUGCACCUGUAACUAGAGUAACUUCUCGAAGAACAACGAUCGGCCCUACGACCACCAUCGUCACUACAAAAGCUCCUCCAACGGUCAGCGGACCUUCGUCGGCAUCGAUCACCCAUCCGGCAGAAAAUGACGACGAUGUCAAAAAGGAUCCCACUUCCGAGGGCGAUAAACAGUCCGUGCUAUCAUCGAUCAGCUCGGACAUGAUGAAGCAACUGCUGAUGGGAAUUAUCGGCGUCGGUGUUCUACUGCUAAUCGCCGGUAUCGUGUGCAGACGGACAGGACUGAAAAAUAAACUGUGCGGCUCCAAGCGAAGACCCGCUCCGACGGAUCAGGUGCGACCCGCCGAGGAAGUUCCUCUGAAUAAGGUUUAGCUCUAGCGAGUAAGACGGCAUGUAUCAUAAAGUGUGUGAUAUUGUUUAAAAGUAUUAGAUUACGACAGACGUCUGCAGUACACGUGUGGGCCCCAUUCUUGCAAAACGCAUCGAAUGACUUUCUGAGAUUUGCUGAGCAAAUACGAAACGCAUUUGUAAAUGUUAAUGGAACCGACCGAGGGCAAGAGAAAUUAAACAGUUGAUGGCGCAACUUUAUCCAGGAAUUGCCGCACUCGUAUGGCAUAUAAAGGUAGCAGGUAAAACAUAGCAGUUAAGUACACGAAUACCAUACGCUUCUGUAAAUAUAGUUUGUGAGUAGUGAGUGCGCGCGCGGAACGUGAAGGUGUUAAUCAGUAUGACACAUCGUUCGAGUAACUGGUUUUCGCACUAGCGGACCAACGAGCGGAUGGUAGUUCGAAUGACGUACGAAAAUGUGAAUAAGCGGCAAAAUCAUAUGUAACUAGCUAGCGGUUUAUAGCUAGAUUGUAAGUAGUGAGCAUCUACCCCUUAUCUGUACACAAUAUUGCGAUAAAAUGUGGAACAUUCCGUUCUGUGGGAGAUAACAACCAAAAUGUCAAAUAUAUAACGAACAAAAUGCUGCCUCGUUUCGAAAUUUUAAUCUUGAUUUGUGGCAGCUCGAUAGCAGAUAGUAGGAGUAGGAGCUAACAUGUGCAGCCCAUUAGUCGAUAAGUAAUUGUGCAUUACAAGGACAAAAAGUUUAGAGUAAUGAGUUCCCACAUAAGUAAACUUCCUUUGUAUACGAAAGUAGACCCUUCAAUAUAGCAAUUUUUACCUAAUAGCAUUCAGCUAAUAAGUACGAAACGAACAUCUAACACAGUAGCUAUCGGCACCUCCGCAGCAUCACAAACCUAAUGGGCAAGGUGAUGACUGAUGGUCUCUCCGUGUUCCGGAGCGAACGAUUGUAAUGUAAACAGACUGCCACGCUAUUGGGGAGGAGGAACUAUUUAUCACUGGUUUCGCACCACCUGAGGCGUUUGUGGAAACUUCUAUACGACACACGACAAUUUCCUUCACGAUUAGUGUUUACAUAGUUUUAGAAAGCAUUUUCAUCCUGUCAAUAUAGUGAAACUGCGCGUGGAGGAAGGUACAUUCGUAUGAAUAUAAGCCUCGCGGUUGUAGUGUUUGUAAUACCUAAUAGAAUAAUGAAUAAAAGCCUUGCGGUUGCAGCAUUGUAA